AUGGGCAGAUUACUGCUAAUAGCUUCUUCCCUACUAGCUCUCAUAGCUGCAGAUGAAACAAUCCCCGCCCGACCCUCCUGCCGGCGCCAUUUCCUCGCCGGCCAAUCGAAAUCCCGGAUUUUACCCCUGAAAUUGAACACCCAGGAUGUCCAGUCAAACGUCUUGUGCGAGAUGCCUGACCCCGGUGAAUCGGAAAUUGUGACCGUGAUUCAAAGUGGGUUACACCAACCCUAUGAGGUGCGAGAGAAGCGUACGGUUGGAUUCCAAAUCCGAGACCUGGAUCUCCUCCAAGAAACCCUAAGAAAAAACCACUGUCGCCAGAAUAUCACCAUCACAUGGCCGGAAGGAUACCAAAACGAGCUUGGUGGUGAUCUCUCCAUUGUAUCGGUCCUUGGCGUCACAACUACCUAUCAAUAUACUGAAGAAGUCGCCGGCCGAAUUGAAGCCACUUUGGAAGGCGAGGCGGCUGGUGUGUUACAUUUGCUUCCUGCCACCCCAGAAAGUCCACGGGCCCCAAAAAUCGUUGGCAGUGAGAUCCGUUGUGCCCGGAAUAUCGCACCGAUUCCGCAAUGCCUUGUCAACACCGAUGAUGGGGUGGAAGUUUCUUUUGGUGCCAGCGAUGAAUACUUCGAAUUUUCAUUCCGGACAUCGAGAAGCGAUCAGAGUCUUUUCGACGUCUAUAUGACUGAGAAUUUGGUUAGCCACUUCCGGAUCGAAGGAGACUUCUUUUUGCGGAUUGACGGGUAUGAAAGACAUUAUGUGGGCCUACUCGCUGAUGGGCGGUGGCAUACCUUGAAGUUCCGGAUCGCGACUCGAUCUGUGGAAAUUGACGGCCAGCAUCUGAUUCAACCCGAUCUGGGGCUUGAUGAAGUCAAAAUCAUCCGGUUGGUGGUGAAGGUCGAUGGGCAAAUAUUGUUAACGCAUCCGGUUGAUGAGAGGAAUGAUUGUGUGGAAAGUGAACGGAUAAAGAAACUUGGAAAGAGCCUCUACUCUCGUGAAUACUGCUGGGAUGGUCCAGCAUGUGAUUGCACUGUACUUCCGACUCUUUUCGAUAACCUUCCGUCCCCAGCCUGUGCGCACAAAAAGCUCGAGGAGCAUCACGCGUAUCACCUUCUGCGAGUGCCCGAGCUGCUGUCCUUCCUCUAUUUACCCGACAUACUAAGCUCCCACAGCAUCCGUACCGCCAUCACUUUCCGAUCGGAUGCCGAUUCGGGGCUCCUUAUGUUCGGAGCUUGGAAAGAGGAGGAGGAAUGGGGGCGAUUUCAGGUCCACUACCAUGGAGAGAAAAUGAGCGCCCUCUACUGCACCCAAAGUGAAGUCUCUGACGAGCGAUGCAGUGCCUGUGCCAUUUUCCGAAUCGGAGGCUUUGCAACCGACGAAUGGAACCGCGUCGCUUUCUUCAAACAACAAAAUUCCCACUUCAUGAUGCUUGACCGCGAGCUCUGCGAACUGCAGCUCCUUACUGAAGAAAAUGAAUUCGACACAUCAGAAAUGUACAAAACGCAACUAAACCGCGGAUCGGUUUUGUUCAUUGGUGGAAUGUACCAUAAGAAGGUAAAACCUGGCAUCUACAAGGAGGACUUCAAGCAGAAAUACUUUGAGAACACGCGCGAGAAGCUUCCAUCUCUGCGGGGCUGCGUGAAAGAUAUCUUUGCGAAUGGCCAUCGAGUACAUCUAGAUGCUGAAUUUGAGAAGCAAAUGUCACGAACUCUUGUUGCGCCUCACAAACGAGCUUAUGGGGUUAUGAAGGGCUGUGGAAAUUGCCCAAAGACUUGCCCGGAAGGCGCCAGAUGCCGCCCAACCACAAACUCCAAAGAUCCGGAAUUCGCAUGUGACUGUUCAGACAUUAAUGGAUACAUUGGAUCCAACGGUGUUUGCCAAAACCCAAGGAACGGAAUUCUAUCCCUCUCGGCCACUUCACUAAAUGCCUACCGCUCAAUCUUCACCCUCCCCAGAACACCUGGAAUUCUACAGAAAAUUUGGCUAAAACUACGGCUACCAUCUGUCGAGCUAAAGGAAAAUACGCCAAUUUUGAUGUUCUACUCGUAUGGCAGGAUAAUCUUCCGCCUGUUCUUGGAUACACAUGGUACUUUGACGGUACAGGUAGCGCCUGAAGAUCCGGCGAUAUUUGUUGGGAGUGCCGGAAAGCACAUCAAAAAGGACGAUGAUCGUGUCCAUCUGAUUAGGUUAGAAAGGAGAACCCCUCUCGGAACUCACCCGUCAAGAAAAUUCUUCAACCUAUUUAUCGAUGGAAACAAAUACAGUAUCCAGGAUCCGGGCCUGCCAAUGACUAGCGUCGAAUUUUCUUUGAUAAAUACGCUAGAGGAUGGAGAUGCUGGUUGCGUAAGCGAUUUUGGCGCUGCGUACGAUUAUGAUGAGCAUACUGGAGGAUCUGUUCAACAGGUUGACCUAAAGGGUCUGAUGAUGAACGAUCUCGGCUUGUCAGAUUCAAACGAGACCUGUGGAGUCGCUGAUCCGUAUUUAUGGGUCCAUGGUCCACUUGACGUCGAAUCUUCACCCUACGGCAAAAUACAUGACUACACACCAAGCGGUCGACCAGAAGCGGCGCAAUUAUUGUCAGCGAAUUGGAUGCUCUAUUCGGUGCUGUUCACCACAAUCUUGGUGCUUCUGAUUCUGCUCUGCUUAUGCCUUUAUUGUUGCUUACUCAGGAAAUCACCCAAAAGUGUUGAUGACGAUUAUUCUGAUUCAAAAAUUGGGAAAUUGAAGCGGAAGCGCAGUGAUGAAUAUCCAGUAAUUAUGCGAAGACCAACCUUAGAAUCAAAUCGAGAUAGCUACAUCUCAGAUAGCCUCGAUAAUUCGGAUAUCAGAGCUUAUGAUGAUAUAAGAACACAUAAAGUGAAGAUAGAUCGUGAAUCGAUGAUAUCUUUCAUGGAUCCAGUUAAUGAAGAAAGUCGUUUGGCUCAAGCAACAAUUGUGAGAAGAAUGGAUGAAAAUGCCCCACUUGUCCAUAUCCACGAUGUUGACCAU